GGGGUAGUUGUCCUGAGAGGGUGGAGAGAGGAGGGCGCACUCUGUCUCAACCCCUCCACCACCACCACCACCACCACCCUCCAACACCUCCUCACUGUCUCGCCUUCCUUCGCACACCUUUACCGCUGCUCUCAUUAGCGCACCUCAGUUCUCUAUCUCCUCCUCCAGCCUCCCAUUCACUUCUCUUUCGCAUCCUUCAUCUUCCUCAUCUCACGUCACCUGCGCCACACUUCGGAGGAUCAAGACGAAGAAAAGACAACUCAACCCUCAAGACUUUAGUGCCAAUAAGACUGAAAACCCUCGAGUGCUCCUUCAGUGGUGCCUCGUCAGUGCCAUAAUAGUGCCAACAGUGGGGAAAAGAUGUGAGGGAGACGCAGCGGCCCCUUCCCUGCCCGACUCCUAGCUAACACUUGGCUCCUGCGGCGCCGGCGGGAGGCACGACCGGAAGGAUGGCAGGGAGCGAGUGUAGUGCCUCUCUGGUGGUGGCUCUGCUGGUGACCCUCCUGCCGCGGCCCUCCCUAACCCUGGGGCUGGCGCUGAGGGCAGAGUCUGAGGACGGUCUGCCAGCGCUGAGUCAGGCUAUUCUGCAGCUGACUCAGAGGUUCGCCACGCUCGAGGUCAACUUGGAGUCUCGUCUCAGCCGCCUCACAGACUCAGCAGCAAAGGGGGAGGCCUUGAUCUCGUCCGUCUCGUCACGCCUGGACAAAGUGGACGCCCUGGUGGAGAAGGUGGACGCCCUAGACGCGCGCCUCAACCACGAGACCUCCUCCCUCCGCUCCCUCAUCGCCACCACCAACAGGGACUUGCAGGACACAUCAGCGAGGUUGGAAAGGAUAGACAGGAUGGACAGGCUGGACAGGAUGGCGGAGGCGGCGGCGGCGGCGACGAUGCGGCUGGUGGAGGGUGAGGUGGAGGGAGAGGUGGAGGGAGAGGUGGAGGAGGGAGAGGACGUGGAGAGGACAAGCAACCGACACGAGACGAGGUCAUCCUUGGACUCCACAGCCUCCGACCUCACCAACCUCAGCGCCAUGAUAUCCCGCAGCGUGACCCAGGAGGUGGAGAGAACCCUUCCCGCGGUGCUGGAUCGCUCGCUCUCCACCUUCCAGAACUCCCUCUACAAAAGACUCAGCAAGAACGUGGCACAGCUGCAGGAGGAGGUGCAGGAGACGCGGGAGGAGCUGGAGCACCUUGGCACGCAGACUCUGAACGCGGCGACGGGGGCGAGGCAGGACUUCAGGCAGGGCGGGAAGACGAUGCAGGACGCGGUGGCGGAUAUCAAGAACAAGAUCCACUCCGUCCACCGUGACCUUGCCCUCCAGAUCACGUCAUCGCCAUCCCUGAGCAACCUGGAACCCGUGCUGCGCCUCGUAAACAACUCGGUGGUAGAGAGCAUCGCCACGGCCGCCGCGGGACUCAACCUGACGCUGCUGGAGGAGGCGGGGCGCAGGAGAGGGACGUCGAGCGGAGAGGAUGACGAGGAGAGAGGCAGCCCCACCCCGACUCAGACGACCCCUCACUGCCCAGACCCCACCACCGUCACGACUCUACUGGAGGUGAAGGAUCUCCUGCAGUCGCUGAUGAGGAAGAGUGAGGACCUGCGUCGCGGCCUGACCAAGCAGACCAGCGAGGGCGUUGACCUCCUCAAGCUCCUUCACACGCGCUUCGGAGUCCUCAUGAGAAGGAUAAACACGGACCCGGACUACGGCCAGGUGUUGGUGGCCGAGAUGCAGGAACUGAACGACAUGGUGGAGUCCUCGUACAUGGCGGUAAUGAUGGCGCAGACGUCCUUCAUCGACUCCUGCAAGCGGAUCCAGGAGGAGGAGCCGCUGCUGGAACGCAAGAUGACGGAGCUCCUCGAUAAGCUCGUCACUAACAUCGAUCUCGGGUACCAGCACAACCGGCAACAGUUAUCGGAGCUGAAGGAGGCGGUGACGCGGCUGGGCCAGCGCGGCACCAACACUAACGCCACGCAGGAGCCCGGAAGAACAAGGACAGAAUCGCUGAUCCAGGCCCUGGGGGAUGCGGCGAGUGUCCCGGGCCUGGUGCAUGACGUCCUUCUCGAAGCGGUGGAGGCGGCCAAUCAAACGGUGGUGCGGCUGGAGGAGGUGGAGGGAUCCGUGGAUGAUGUCACGGCUGACCUUCUCAGCGUCGAGUGGACGGAGCGCCGCCAAAAGGACGCAGCCGAUCAGCUGCUGACGGCGGCCAAGGACCUCAAGGGCUACAGCCAGCAGCAGAUCAUCCAGUCCCUUGACCUGUACAGCGAGCUGAUGGCCGUCAUGGAUCAGUUCAACGCCAGCGUGACCGUCAGGCCCAGCCCCGGGCAAGCCGACACGCCCGACCACACGCCGCCGUUGGAGAUGCUCGGCGACGCGGCGCCCCUCAGGCUACCGCCUACCUGCACGGCGGCGCUGCUGCAUGAGGUCAGGGAACUGCAGCGGUCACAGACGAGUGCCAGGCUAAACACGUCCCAACGGCCGCUUGUUGAUGCCGGCCAAGACCAGCAGGGGCAGCGGGGGCCGGAGGCGGCGCGGGAGGGCCAAGGAGAGGAGGAGGGGGAGGAGGAGGAAGUGCCCGCCUGGUACACUGACCCGGUCUUCCUCUCCGGCAACUACGGGACGCCUGACCGCGGGCUGCCGGUGUUCAGGGAGGAGGACUGGGUGGACAUGGAGGACGUCUACGGCAUGGAGCCCACCGCCGCCGCCGCCGCGCCCGCCGCGCAAGCCGCGUCCACCGCCGCUACCACCACCACGCCUUCCACGCCCUCCUCGGCGACGCCCAGGCCAGCCACGGGGGGUGUCGAUCGCUACUUCGGGGUGCCCGACAGUCGUGUGUCCCGGCCGCUGCCCCGCCGUGUUGUCGCUUAACAAUCCCCCGCCCACCCCGGCGAGGCCCUCACCACACCCCUCACCCACGCUGGAGGGCGGCCCAAGACACAAGGGGCGAGGCUGCCCACGCCACCCUGACGCGCCUCCGCAACAACCCAAUAAACGUAACACAAAGUAA